AGGUUGGACGAAAUCAAACAAGAAAUUUGGAAAACGGCGUCAGGGAGCCUACCAUUUAACGGAUGGAUACCGAAUUAUGUAGCAGCUAGUCGGUGGCUGCUGUCAGAGAAGCGCCCAAGCACAAGACGAAUUCCUAAGUUUAAGGUGUAGAAGAGAGGUAGACGGAUACGGAGGUCCUAUUUAAUUCCGGUCCUCCAGAGUCCAUACUGGCAAAAAGGCGCGUCCUCCGACCACAGCGGCUCAGCGCAGCUCCGCACCAGAGGUAGUUUUACAAUGCCUGGAAGAGACCUUAAGAAUGCACUUGGGAUUUUAGUUUGUAUGGUUGUGUUCUUCAUCAUCUUGGGUCCAUGUAAUUUAAAGCAGUUCUCUAAAUAUUUAAGUCCCGUGCCACCAGAUGACAAAUUUAUUUUGGUCAAAGAUACAAUUUCUCAGAUUGAAAGUGCUAGGCAUCUUCAGGUGUCGGCCUACUUGGAUGAAAGGAAAGGAGUCCGUGUCGUUCGGAUCAUCACCAUGUUUUACAGACAAGGGCCACAUAAUCUUCUUUGCAUUUUUAAGUGCAAAAGUGGUCAUCUCCUCAUCAGCCAGGUUGUGACAGAGCAGCACAGUGACAAUUUUGGCUUCCCAUUCGUAACUGCAGAUAUUUUCUGUAAAAUGUCCCAUGGAUGUAUGGCCACACAUGUCUGUCUUCGAACACAAGAGUUUUUACUAAAUAACUUGAGUGUGAUUCCAAUUCAAAACCUGCGGCCGCAUAAUGACGGCUUUGAGCGAGACUUGACGGUCUGCAUCUCUAACCUGUUUGGUGACUACAACAAUGUCUUACAGUUCAUCCAGACGAUGGAGGUGUACAAGAUACUGGGGAUUGGGAGAGUAGUGAUCUACAACACCAGCAGCAGCCACAUGCUGGAGAAGGUCCUGCAGUACUACGUAAAUGAGGGCACGUUGGAGGUGAUCCCUUGGCCGAUCUCUCACUUCCUCAAUCCUUCAUUUGGCUGGAGGUUUGAAGAGCACGGUGGGGACAUUCACUACUUCGGCCAGCUCACAACUCUCAAUGACUGUAUUUAUCGCAACAUGUACAAGUCCAGGUUCCUGCUUCUUAAUGACAUUGAUGAGAUCAUUGCUCCUUACCAGCACACAAAUCUGAAACUGAUGAUGGAUGAGUUAGAGAAGGAACAGCCUGACACGGGCGUAUUUAUAGUAGAGAACCACAUCUAUCCAGUUAACGUGUUUGACGAUAGUGAAAGGUUCAAUCUGUCACUGUGGAGGCAAGUACCAGGAAUAAAUAUCAUGGAACACAUCCACAGAGAGCCAGACCGUAAAGAUGUUAUAAAUCCCACUAAGCUCAUAAUUAACCCCCGUAAAGUGGAGCAGACAUCGGUGCACUCUGUUCUGAAGAGCUUUGGAAACCAAUACAGGGUGCCUUUUGAUGUCUGCAGGAUCGUACACGUGCGAGUGCCUUUACAGGGACAUCUGUCCAAAGAGGAGCUGAUUGUGGACACCAAAUUGUGGGAAUAUCACAAGGAGCUGGUCCCAAGGGUCAAUAAUGUCAUUCGAGAAAGUGGCAUUUUGAACUAGGUUUGUGCCAAGAAAUGAAGUAGACGUCUUUGAUGGGUUUUUUUCACCCUUUGAUGCAAAAGUUGAACAAAGUGAAAAAUCCAGUCCUUGGUGGUUAGCAACAGUGCAGGAGUGGCUGACAUGCAUAGAAUUGUCUGUAUUUGCUACCCCCAUUAUACGAGAUGUUGUUACAGAUAUUAAUUUGUGAAUGUGGGUACAGUGUUGUGUAUAUAUGUAUUUAUAAAAUAUGUCAAUUUAAACACUGUGUUAAUGUGUAGAAACAGUAAGAUAUGGGACACUUCAAAACUGAACCAGUUUCAAGAUUCCGCUCCACUUACAGACUGAGGACUCUAAAGGACGAUCAUCUGGCUUUUAUUAGUAUUAGUUUCUACCUCAGGAUCAUCAGCAGCUUUCCUAGGAAUGAAAGUACCUUAAAUUUUUAUCCUCCUCCUCAUUGUUCCAAUAUGUCCUCUAUCCUGCCUACUACUCUUGUCCCAUGCACUUUGAGCAUUCUACUUUGUAAGAGAGGGUACUUUGUUCUAGCCAUUCACAAACAUUUAACAGCAGUGGUGUGCCUUUAUUAAUUUUUUUUUAUGCCAGUGAAGAUGAGCUAAACCUGGACAUGUACCACUGUGGUCAUAGAAGCAGUAAAGAUAAAUAUUUAAUAUAAAGACAAGGCCAACACCUAACCUUGUUCAGAAUUUGCCGUACCAGAGUAUGAGUCUCUUAUGCCUGAAAUUAAAUAAAACGGCAACAUUGCACUUGAAAUACUGCUGUUAUUUUGUGAAGAAUUGUAAAAAUAUUAAUGGAACACAUUGACCUAUCAUCCUCAAAUAAAUGAUUAAAA